AUGUCGUUUCCCUUCCUGUGGUGUUUCUGUAGUUGGGUGGCGGGCAACGGCUUGAAAAGCAUCGAGACAGUCGUGCACCGGUAUUUUUCAAUCUUUAAGUCUACUGCCAAGUCGAAUCGAGGAUGUUGGGGAGUGUACAGGGGCGCAACGCGUGGGGACGAGCCUGUCACCCAACUUCAGAGACGGCAUACUGAAUUGUUCUCAGGGUCCGCUUUGAUUCAGGCUUGCGAGGCUGCUGGCGCAACAAUACCACGAUUUUGCUACCAUGACCGCCUCGCCAUCGCUGGUAACUGCCGUAUGUGUCUUGUCGAAGUCGAGCGGUCGCCAAAACCCGUCGCAUCCUGCGCCAUGCCAGCCAUGCCAGGGUCCAAGGUCUUCACCAACUCUCCCCUCGUCCACGAAGCCCGCGAGGGUGUUAUGGAAUUCCUCCUCUCCAACCAUCCACUAGACUGCCCCAUCUGCGACCAAGGAGGCGAAUGUGACCUUCAGGAUCAAUCCAUGCGCUACGGCUCCGACCGCUCCCGAUUCCACGAAAUCACCGGAAAACGCGCCGUCGAAGAUAAAGACCUCGGCCCACUCGUCAAAACUUCCAUGAACCGUUGUAUCCAAUGUACGCGCUGCAUCCGUUUCGCCAACGAAGUCGCCGGUGUCGAAGAGCUCGGCUCGACUGGACGUGGGAACGACAUGCAGAUCGGGAUGUACGUCGAGAAGACGAUGGACAGCGAGUUGAGCGGGAAUAUUGUCGACUUGUGUCCCGUUGGUGCGUUGACGAGCAAGCCGUACGCGUUCCAUUCGAGGCCAUGGGAAUUGAAGAACACGGAAAGCGUGGAUGUUAUGGAUGCGGUUGGGUCGAAUAUUAGGAUCGAUUCGAGGGGAGUGCAGGUCAUGAGAGUGCAGCCGAGGACGAACGACGACGUGAACGAGGAGUGGAUCAGCGACAAGACGAGAUUCGCCUACGAUGGUCUCAAAUUCCAGCGUCUUACGGUUCCCCUCAUCAAGCGCGGCGACCGUUUUGUCUCAGCUUCAUGGGAGGAUGCGCUCGUCGCUAUCAAGGAAGGUCUCGAGGCGUCAGGCGCGAAGGGCGACGAGAUUCAGGCCGUGGCGGGUCAUUUGGCGGACACGGAGACCCUCGUCGCUUUGAAGGACUUCGUCAACCGUCUUGGCUCAGACAACACCGCCCUCGACCAGACCGGAGGUUAUGCCCCACCUGUCGCCGGUAUCGACGUUCGUUCUAACUACCUCUUCAACACCACCAUCCCUGGAGUCGAAGAGGCCGAUGCCAUCCUCCUUGUAGGCACCAACCCACGUCACGAAGCCGCCGUCCUCAACUCUCGCAUCCGCAAGUCGUGGCUCCAUACCGGGCUGGAGGUCGGUCUCGUGGGCGAGAGGGCGGACACGACAUAUGGGUAUGAUUACCUUGGUGCGGACGCGAAGGGGCUUGCGGAUUUCGUGGCGGGCAAGGGAGAGUUCGCAAAGAAGUUCCAGGCGGCGAAGAAACCGUUGAUUAUCGUGGGGAGUGCGGUCUCGGAACACGCGGAUGGACCUGCGGUGUAUAACGCGUUGGCGAAGUUCGUGGAGAAGAACAAGGAUAGGCUGGUCACGCCGGAGUGGAACGGUUUCUCGGUUCUGCAGCGGGUCGCCUCCCGCGCAGCAGCCUACGACAUCGGCUUCGUCCCGACUAAAAAAGCCGCCUCCGCCAACCCCAAGUUCAUCUUCCUCUGCAAUGCUGACGAGAUCGACCCCAAGUCGAUCCCCAAGGAUGCAUUCGUAGUCUACCAGGGCCAUCACGGUGAUAUUGGUGCUCAGCUCGCGGAUGUGUGUCUUCCCGCGGCCGCGUAUACGGAGAAGAGUGUGACGUGGGUGAACACGGAGGGGAGGGCACAGUUGGGGAGAGCGGCGGUGCCACCACCUGGGGCCUCGAGGGAGGAUUGGAAGAUCAUUCGUGCGUUGUCGGAAGUUGUUGGCCAGCCAUUGCCUUAUGACGAUGUCCUGUCUCUCCGGGAUCGCAUGUGGGAAAUCUCACCAACGUUGGUGAGGUACGACUCACUGGAGCCUACGUCCACCGAGUUUGCUCUGGAGGGUUUGAAGACGCUGGAGAGACAUACGAAGGGCGCGAAGGUCACUGGUGCGCCGUUCCAGAAACCAAUCUCAAACUUCUACCAGACGGAUCCGAUCUCGAGAGCGUCGGUGACGAUGGCACACUGUACGAAGUCGUUUGUCAAGGCGGAGACGUACGGGUUCUCGCAGGAUGAGAAGGCACCGCAGGCUUCGUAUGCUUGA